AUCCGCCGGUCGUCUCAUCGCGACUUCCGCUGGCAAGAUCACUAGCUGGUGAUCAUCAGACGCGAAGCUGUCAAUGCUACGAUGUUCCAAUUGAUGUGCUGAAUACCCCCCCGCAUCCUUUCACGCACUGCUUACCCUUCCACCUCCACCUCCACUGAUCUUUCUGACUCGCUAUACCUCCUCGUGACGAUUAGCCAUGUUUUCGACAUGGAAACUUGGAAUUCUCAAGAGGAAAACUAAAUCAUUGUACACGCGCAUCACACGCAAUCGUUUAACGUUCACGUUCUUUCUCUUUGGUCUCUUCCACUGUUUUGCUCAAGGAAUCAUGCAAUCGUUCCUCUUUACCAUCGAUUCGGAGUACAGCUCGUUUCUCUCCAAGAUUGUACACGCGGCCGACGUCCCUGCAAGGAAUCAUACCUUCCUGGAAGGAUCGAGCGGCAAUUAUCGGUUACGGAUGUGCAAUUAUAUUCCCCAUUUCGACUCUAACUGCACGGACAUCUUUGAGUCUCACCAUAGUGCCUCUAACUUAUCUGCUGAAGACUCAGCUACACGUGGUAGCUUGCUACGCACUAAUAUCGGCAAAAACACGCCGCCAGUGCUGCUUCGCAAUGAAACGGGCAUCACGAUCGAAUUUCAGGAUGGUAAAGAAUUGUUAUUGAACACCCAGUGUGUCAAAAUCCUCGUAUUUCCUUCUCAAGACUUACGAGACUAUGCGAGGGAGGACCUUGCAUUGGUCUUCAUUCAAUUCUGGCUUUUCGUAAUAUCCGUAAUCGCCAUGGUAUAUGAUUCUGUGCCUCACAUCGUUGCAGGAUUUUGCGCUCGGGCACUUCUUUCUUCUUGGUCUGCAUAUGUUCUUUGGCGAACCCAUUCAAAGAAAUCCAUCUACCAAGAGCUUAUUGGUGAUGCUCAUACCCCCUGCUCAGUUGAUCUCUUCAAUGAGGAUUACUUCCGAGUGAGAAAUGGUUACGAGAUACCGGAUUUGAUCCUCAAUUUGACUGCCUUGUCUAUUGCGUGUUUCUUGUCCUUGACACUUUUCAGGGACUACAACAAACGGUCUUUUAAAUGUGUUGGCGCCCCAAAGCGCAUUGCAACUCUGUACAAGUAUUUCAUGGCAGUUCAAGCAUGUUUGCAGCUGGAACUCUACGUUCUCAUGGCAAGUAUGGGGCUCUGGAUUGAUCAACUAUUCAAUACAUACAUCGGAGCAAUAUCGGAACACACCUUUGUCUAUGAGGGUGUGUUCAUAUUCUACACCGUCCUUGUUAUUCCGUGGCUUGUUUUGGGAUGGUACGCAAUUCGACACGAGAGGAGGCUCUUGAUGGCUCUUUUCAUUUUCGCUUCCUUUGUUUUCCUAUUCACUACGAGCAUCAUGUUUUAUUCUCAAGUCUUCCGAUGGACGUUUGUCAGCUGGGCGAACUUGGCAUGUUUUACUGUUGUCUCCAUGAUUCUUAUGGGUGCUUGCAUGAUUCUAGGCAUUAUUUGCCUCCGCAAUUUUGGCGAGGGUCUUGCCCAUUAUUUGCAUGCAGACUCUACUCUAGAGUCGUUGAACUUUGCCCCGGCCGUUUUCGAGAACGAUAUGGAUUACCAUGUUGACUCCAAAGCGGAGCAUGACAAAGCUAUCAAUUACCUCGAAGCCACUUUCAAGCUGCCUACAACCCGUGAACUUUAGUUUCAGCGCGGCGGGUCCGCCUGAACAUGGAUGGUAUUCAGAUUUGAUAUCCUCCAUAUAUUUUUGCUUUCUAUAAAUGUAAAAGUGGACCUGUGUACAUAUUACCAGUUGAUAUUUUGACUCUUUGGAUCUGAGUAUUCCCUAUAUACGAUUAAGUCCCGAU